AUGAAUGGCAGUAGAUCCGACGCGUCCACCUCCACUGACGACUUGAAGAACCGGCCACUGUGUCUGUUUUACUUCACGCAUCCGUUUGGCGUUCUAUCCCCGGAGCCACCCACGCUGGCGACGGCGCCGCCACACAUCGCUCGCGCCUUCGUCAACAUGGAGCCAGUGUCACCGUUCACCAUGUGGGGCACGGCAAGCGACGACUCUUACAACACGUCCUACAACACCGCCACUAGUUCAUCGCGUCCGGAGUAUGAGCUCGGCAACACCACGGUGCACGCGGCGCCCGUCGAUCUCGUGAGGGUCGCUCGUGCGCGCAAAUGUACGCUAGAUUUCGGCGCGCGUCGCGAAUCUUUGUCCUCAUCGUUGUUCUCCAACGACGUUUGGUUCAACUCUAGCUCGAGCGGUAAGAGCACUGAUUAUCCGCGCCGUCUGAUUCCAUAUAACAAGAUCCUACCACCGUUGCAGCUGCCCAGCCCUCGGGACUCCUCUAACAUAGACAGCCCGGACGAUCUUUGGCCAAAAAAAACUUUGAAUCCAGAAAAGUUUUCGCUUCCCCCGAUCGAACUGCCUUCAGUAAAAGUUAAAAUAGUGCGAAGUAAAAAGUGCGUACGGAGCAGCCUCGCAGACGACUUGUGGGGCAACGAUGGCGGCGCGGCGCGAGAGGAGCGCGUGCGCCGGCGCCUCGGCGUCAGCAAGCCGCGGCGUGCCGCCCGACCUGCCGACCUGCGCCGUCUGCUCGCCACGCUGAUGCGCCGAGCACUUGCAGGUAACACAACUUCCGUCUAUAUUGAACUGUACAAACUGAUAUUGUGUGUUAUGGACUUUUUUUGCAUUGGUUAG